UCAUUGCUGCGCGGUCAUGAAGGUAAUAAAAGGAAUUUAGUAGCUCUCUGAAUCUUACCUGUCGGCUGUCUCUCUUUCCUGAUGCCGUUGUCGUGAGCUCAGACAAGUCAAUUCCACCAUGCGUUCCUUCAUUCUGUCGACAUUGGUCUUAGCGACCAAUGUCGCCGCGCAGGCAGAAAACACAUAUACGGCUACAGCCACUGCCGACGUCGCAAAAGCCGCUGCCACGGCGAAGACUCUCAGCCCUGUUACUAAUGUGAAGGGUAAGGCUUUCGACCGGUUAGCCAUCGUAUGGCUAGAGAACACGGACUAUGAUAUGGCAAUCGGAGAUCCGAACCUAGCGUGGUUAGCCAAGAAGGGCAUAACACUGUCGAACUACCACGCGAUCACACACCCGUCGCAGCCGAAUUACAUCGGCUCGAUCAGCGGCGACUACCUGGGUAUGCAACACGACGACUUCACGCAGAUCAACAAGAACGUCUCCACCGUCAUCGACCUACUCGAAGACAAGGGCAUCUCGUGGGGCGAGUACCAGGAGGACAUGCCGUACAGCGGUUUCGAGGGCUACGCCUAUGUCAACCAGAAGAACGGCAAAAACGACUACGUCAGGAAGCACAACCCGGCCGUGAGCUACAACUCUAACGCCGGUUCCCUCGACCGCCUAGCCGUUAUCAAGAACCUAACAACCUUCUACAAAGACCUCGAAAACGACACCCUACCGCAAUGGAUGUUCAUCACACCGAACAUGACCAGCGACGGCCACGACAGCGACAUAACCACCGCAGGCUCCUGGACACGUUCCUUCCUCGAACCCCUCCUCAACGACUCGCGCUUCAUGAAAAACACACUCGUCCUCGUAACCUUCGAUGAGAACGAGACCUACAGGAUCCAAAACCGAGUCCUAGCCCUACUCCUCGGUGACGCCGUUCCCGCCUCCCUCGUCGGCACCACCGAUAACAGCUACUACAACCACUACAGCGAAAUCGCGACCGUCGAAGCGAACUGGGACCUCCACACACUCGGGCGAUGGGACGUAGGCGCCAACGUAUUCAAGCUCGUAGCCGACAAGACAGGUGACAAAAUCCGAUCAUGGACCGGCAAAGUACCACUCAGCAGCAUGUACUUCAACACCUCGUACGCGGGGCCUCUGAACAACAACGCGGGCGGGAACAAGCGGUACCCGGGUCCGAACCUAGGCAGUGUGUGCGGCCUACACAACCGCACCGUGCUGCCCAGCAUCAAGGAGGCUUGGGAGGGCAACCCGGCGCUCGUGUAUUAUAACAGCGGCCUCGAGACCCCCGAUGGACAGCAUCCGCCUCCGGGUUAUACGCCAUCUUAACGGGAUUAGCGAGCGUAGCAUUAAAUAAUACAUAACAUACCUCAUAACGUACCUUGGUUGGUAUAUAAACACCAGUAAUAUAGACAAAACACAUAUAAAUCCCGAUAUACCUACCUACUUAGACCAGUCUCUGCGCACGCCUCGUGAUACUCCAACAAAAUAAACAAGGCCAAUCGAAUUAAUCCGAUCACGAUUCAUCGAAUCGUUUAGAUGACUUGGGUCCCGCUGACUGGCCGACACUUUCCGUACCCCGACUCUAUCUGAGGGGUAGAAUCAUGCAGGCACC